UCUAGAUCGUUUGCGGAAGUCAACAUGGACAACUUGUUUAAUGGCAGAGACGCAUCCAUAAAUUCAUCAUUAAAAGACGAGUUCUAUGCAGAUUUCCUGGCGGGGGACUUCGAUGUCAAGCUAUAUACUGCUCAAGCUAUCCAUCAUGCUGUCAUUGCUGAACAGUUAGCCAAGCUAGCGCAAGGAAUCAGUCAACUUGAUAAAGAGCUGCACAGCCAGGUGGUAGCCAGACACGAGGACUUAUUGGCUCAGGCAACUGGGAUCGAGUCUCUGGAAGGGGUCCUCCAGAUGAUGCAGACGAGGAUCAGUGCUCUACAGGCAGCUGUUGACAGGAUAAGAACCAAAAUAGUUGACCCAUACAACAAGAUCGUGGCCAGGAUAACUCAGCUCGGCAGAUUACAGGUGGCCUGUGACCUUCUGAGGAGAAUUAUUCGGAUCUUGCACCUAAGUAAGAGGCUUCAGGUUCAGCUUCAGGGUGGCGGUCGGGAGAUAACGAAGGCUGCUCACAGUCUCAACGAACUAGAUUAUCUGUCACAAGGAGUCGAUUUGAGCGGCAUUGAGGUGAUUGAGAAUGAUCUGGUGCUGAUCAGUAGAGCAAGGCUGGAGGUGGAGAACCAGGCCAAGCGAUUGUUGGAGCAGGGCACAGAGAUUCAGAAUCCGACGCAAGUUGGCACAGCCUUGCAGGUGUUCUACAACCUCGGUAGUCUGAGGGAGACGGUCAGCUCUGUUGUGGGCGCUUACCAGACUAGCAUACAAGACAGCAUCAAAAGUGCUCUGGACAUUAAGGGCCUGACACAGCCAGCCAACCCUAGAGGUGCCCCUGGGAGAGCAGUACUCCCAACUCCAGGCAGCACAGCAGCUUUCCGUGCUGCUCUCUGGACAAACCUGGAGAAACUCAUGGACCAGAUAUUCGCCGCAUGCAAACAGGUGCAACAUCUUCAGACGGUCCUGAUGAAGAAGAGAGACCCUGUCACUCAUAGGUGUUUCAUCGAUGAGAUUAUUAAGGAUGGUGAGCCUGAUAUACUUUACACCUUUUGGACUGACGUAACUAAAACAUUAAGAGAAGAGUUUCACAAGGCAACUCAAGCCUCAUCUUUCCUGAAGCAAGCGUUUGAAGGAGAAUAUCCCAAAUUGCUGCGGCUGUACAAUGAGCUAUGGCGCCGCCUCGAGCAGUAUAGUGCCAGCCUGCACAGCUCACUCAUAAACAGUGGCGGUAUGGAUGGCACCUUUGAGCCAGAAACAGACAGCCUUGACCUAUUCUCUCAAAGCAAUCAAGACCACAACGCCAAGAGGGCUCUCAAGGAUUCUCUUCACCCGUACGAAGCAGCUUACCUCUCCAAGUCUCUCUCUCGCCUGUUUGAUCCGAUAAACCUCGUGUUUCCAAUGGGUGGGCGCAACCCCCCCUCCAAUGAUGAGUUGGACAGCAUCAUCAAGACUAUCAGCAGCGAGCUGAAUGUAGCAUCUAUGGAUUCCGACCUCUCUCUCGCUGUCGCCAAGAAUGCUGCCAAGACCGUUCAACUCUUCUGUGUCAAGUCUGAGCAGCUGUUGUGUACUCAGAGCGAUGCCAGUCAGGUGAUUGGUCCGUUAUCGGAAGGACAGAGGAGGAACACUGCAGUGGUCAACUCACUCCAUCGUCUGCAGCAGGCUGUUACCAAGAUCAUUUCUGGUUUGGGGUCAAGUCUGACAGCUCCCGCAGAGGCCCUUUCUUCUUCUUUGGAGGAAGUGCACGCCCUGAUGAGCAGUGCAGUGCAGCCUCUCUUGCAGUCCGUAAAUGAUUCUGUAGAGGCCAUCAUCAUCACGCUACACCAGGAGGACUUCGCAGGCAAGCUGCCCAAUCCUGCUAAGCCUGAUGUUCUCUGCUCACUCUACAUGAAGGAGUUGCAGGGCUUUAUCUCCAGAGUAAUGAGUGACUACUUCCGACACUUCGAGUGUACGGACUUCAUCUACGAAAGCACCGAGUCCAUUGCUCGGAGAGCCAUCGAGCUGUUCGUGCGGCACGCCAGCUUGUUGCGCCCACUGGGCGAAGGCGGAAAGAUGCGCUUGGCCGCUGACUUCGCACAAAUGGAGCUGGCUGUGGCUCCACUAUGCAGAAGAGUGUCUGAUUUGGGGAAACCUUACAGAGUGCUUCGAUCCUUUCGGCCGCUGCUGUUUCAGACAAGCAAUCUGGUUGUCAAGAGCCCAGCUGUGGGUGACUUGAUUCCUCACAGCACUGUGCUUCACUUCCUCUUCACCAGGGCUCCGUCUGAGCUCAAGUCACCUUACCAGAGAGCAGAGUGGUCCAUCGCUCGUUACUCCCAGUGGCUGGAUGACCAUCCCUCAGAGAGAGACCGUCUCACGCUCAUCAGGGGCACUUUGGAGGCGUACGUCCAGUCUGUCAGGGCUCGGCAGGGGAAGGAGUUUGCACCAGUCUAUCCCAUAAUGCUCCAGCUAUUGCAGAGAGCCACUGCAUCGGAAGUGAAAGGAUGACGACGACCGAAUACUUAAAAUGGUUCUUCACUACUCUAUUCUCUCUUCGAACGUGUAUUUCAGUCUUAGGUUUUUCUUUUUUCCCCCCAGUCGAAACGAAUGAAAAAUGAAUCUUUGUCCAAAAUGUUAUUGCAACAAAUGGUAAGUGAAUAUCUAGAAGUUUCUCUCUACAGAAGGCAGUCAUUCUUGGUUUAUUUUACUGUUUGCAUGGUGACCUUGAAAGGCACCUAUAAAUAAAAGGAGUUAUAAUUAUUAUUCUACUGGAAAGUAAACGUGAGGCUUCCAAAAUAUGAAGCGCAGUUCUUUGUUUACCAGCCGAGCUCCCCUUAAGUUACAUUAGGUGAGUAUUAUUAUAAUUUUUUUUUCCCCCAGGCAGUAUGAGUAACAAUUGUAUUCACUCUAAAUUGCAUUAACAAAGAUUUCCCAAAUAAUUUGGAUGCAACGGAGUGUAAAUGAUAGACUAGAUAUCUAAGGGGAACUAUUUUAUUAAUAAUGACCAGUAAUAUUCACAAAUGUUUUCAGAUGGGCCAUUUCCACUGGUUGGGAGGAGCCUCCUCAAUCAGCGGUUCCCAUGGUUUCCACUCGGCCAUUUUUCUUGACAGAGCCAGCUCACACUCUGCCUGUAAACAAAAAUAACGUGUUCAUUGUCAUUCACACCUCUUCGGUAAAGGAACCGGUUUAGUAGAACUCUAAUUGUCAGGCUUCUGCAAAAUCACUACAAGACCUAAUAAAGUUGAACUUUACAUACACUAUAUAAAAAGAUACGCUUUUUUUUUUUUUUCCUCUCACGGCCUGGUAAUCCAGUCUAUAGGACCAUACAUGCAUGGUGAUGGUGAUUUCUAAUGUAUACGACGACAGGACAUCGACUCAUUUGUAUCAUUGAAUUCAAAUGAAAUGGUUUUGAUGUACCACAUCUGUGAAAAUGUUUAAAUAUAAUUUGCCUUUGUUGGUGUACUGUAAACAACUUUCCAAAAUAGUAGACAACCUAGCACAGUGUCUGUCAACAGCCUGCCAGUCGGUUUGGGGUGCAAAUGAGGUGACCGCAAGUCACGCGGUGAAGUUCACCAACUCCUGCUGUACUAACAUUCACGUUGGAUUUUCUCAUCAUUCAACAAUGAUACAUUUUGAAAUUCGCGACAGCGGCACGGUUAAAACAUUACCUGGAAAAUGACCUCUUCAAUCUGUCCACCAUUGAUCUUCUUUUCCAAAUUCUCAACAUCAGACUCCUGUGAGCAAAACAUUUGCAUCGGAGAGAUCAGAAAACUUUUAUGAAUAACAUUUUAUUGUCAAUGAUAUUCGAAAUGUGUCCGUCGUUCAAAACCAAUAAGUUCCUGCUUGGCAUGUUGUGCUUUUUGUUUUGUUAAAGAAAUAGCCUCAAGAAGAAAAUGCACUGGAAGUAAAAUUAAAAUAAGACAAGCAUCACGACUGUCACUUACCAAAGUUAUCAUCUUAAGUGCCUGUGGUUCAAAUAUCGUAGCCAACGAACAAAAUCACUAGAACAGUUUGUUGGACCCUCUGUUGUUUUCCUUGAGUUAAGGUUUAAAGUUUCAUUUGCUCCGUGUUGGGUUUCAAAGUGUCGCCACUGACACAGUCUCAUUGCAAAGUAGUGUAGACUUGUUUUGUUCUCUUUAAGCACACAUACAGUUUGAAUAAAAUGUCAUUGUCGCUUUUAAAAGUGCCCAUCAAUGUGUGUUGUUAUUAUUAUUAUUAUUUUUUUUAAUAUUGAGAAGUUAAACUCACCGUUUUGAUGUGGCUAAACCUCUCAUUGACCAACUGUUCCGUAUACUUCCUGUAGGCAGCGUCUUGCGGCAUGGUCUGCAGCGAUGCCAGGAUUUUGGAGUAAAGAACCCUCAAUCGCUGAAACAGUCAAGUGCAGUUUUAUGUGGUGAUAGGUCACAAUCAUAUCAGAGCACUUAACGGGCCCAAAACUAAGGUAAAGUAAUUGGUAAAAGUUUCUGGUUAUUUUAUCCCCAUAUGCAGUUGUGAGGUUUGUGUAUUAAUAUUCAAUGACUCAGUUGUAAGGGUUUUUAGUGGCCGGGUAAAAACACAAGCUCAUGUCUACAACAACAGCCCAUGCUGACAUGGUGUGAAGAGGCAAUUUCCUUGGUUAACCAGUUCCACUACUCCUCACACUAGACACUUUUCAACUACAAGUACUGUGGUUGGAGGAAAUAGAGCUAAACUUUGCUCUUGACUUGCAUUUGUUCCCGUUGGUAUUGUUAGGAGU